UCUAUAUUCCAAAAUCCAAACACACAUUCCGUAAUUGAAAAACCUGUAACCAAUAUAUAAAAAUAAUUGUGAACUAACAUCUCAUUCAUUUUUGGCCAAAUAUAUAAAAAUAAUUAAUGAUAACAACAUUAAAGAAAAGCAGCAUGCUACCUGUAAAAAGUUCCUUGUCCCCUUUGCCCACAAGUUCCAACAUCAUUAAUCAUCAUCAUCAAACACCACCUCUUUUAACCCACCGGCAACCUAUAAACGCCGGUUAACUCUCGUGCUUUGAACUACACUACCAUUUUUAUUCACUCUUAAACAAGUAUGCAUGCCCUCACCAAUUCCGGUGCGGUGCUACUCGCCGUCUUACUCCUCUUCCUCCUCAUCUUCUUCGCCGAGCUCACUUACAUCUUCUGUCGUCCAUCGCCGUCUCCGGCAAGUAAAGAGGUUCUGCUCCAGUUCUUCAUGUGUUGCAAGAAGCACCAGUCUCGUAUUGAGCCAACCGGAACUGUUUCUAUUCAGAUUGAGGAGGAUAAUGGUGUUGUUGUUGCGGCGACGGAGGAGGAGGAGGAUGUAGCGGCGGUGGACAAGUGGCGAGUUUCGAGGCUUCUGUUUACAAUAGAAGAAGAUGAUUUGGAAAUGGAAGAUGAUGAUGAUGAUGACGGUGAACUAGUACGGGUUGAUAUUCCGGUGGAAUGUUCCAGGGUGCCGACUCCGUUCUUGACGCCGUGUGAUUCUCCUCCUUACUUCACUCCUUCGCCGUCUCCGUGUCGGAAUGUGGAUGAUGAUGUCAUUGAUGUUUGUUUAUGACUCGUCGGUGACAACAGAAGGGGUGGUUGUUUCAAUUUUCCAAGGCUCUCAGAUAUGUUUUUUUUUUUGUAACCAGUUCCAAUGGUUUAUGUUAGUACUAGGCGUGGAACAGUUUAGUGGUAAUUAAUUAUUUACAGGUUUUUGUCAUAACUUUGUUUGUAUGUUUUGUUACAAACUCAAGCUGAUAAGCAUGUCUGAUGACACUAUCAAAAUCUCAAGCUGAUAGGAAAUCCUGUGUGAACUCGGCUAUUCUUUU